CCUCCGGGAGGCGGGAUGCCGGCGGCGGCCGCGCUCUCCGGGGCCGAGCCGAGCGGGGCCCGCCCAGCGGGGCGCGUCACGGCGGCGGCGCGGCGGGGCGGGGGCGGCGCCGGCCGCAGUCGGCACGGGGAGGGCAGCGAGCGGCGCGCCGGCUGCGCGCACCCCGCACACGGCGCGCUGCCACCGAGGGAGGGAGCGAGCACCAUGUGCCGGCCAGCGCUCGCCCGGCUGCUGCUCCUCCAGCUGCUGCUGCUCAAGCUGCACCUCGGCAAAGGCGCCGUCAAGGAGUGCGAGGAGAACCAGUUCCAGUGCCGGAACGAGCGGUGCAUCCCCGCCAUCUGGAAAUGCGACGAGGACGACGACUGCUCGGAUAACAGCGACGAGGCGGAUUGCCCAAAGAAAACUUGUGCUGAGUCAGAUUUCACUUGUGACAACGGGCACUGCAUCCCAGCCAGGUGGAAAUGUGAUGGGGAAGAAGAAUGUCCCGAUGGGUCGGAUGAAUCAGAAGCAGCAUGCACCAAGCAAGUGUGUCCAUCUGAAAAAAUUAGCUGUGGAGACUUAAGCAACAAGUGCAUCCCGUUGUCCUGGAGAUGUGAUGGGCAGAAGGAUUGUGAAAGUGGAAUUGAUGAGGCUGGUUGCACUCCUGCCUGUUCCCCCAACGAGUUCCAGUGCAGUAACAAGUCGUGCAUCUCCAUCAUCUUCGUGUGUGACGGUGACAAUGACUGCGGGGACGGCAGCGACGAAAGGAAGUGCUCCCCUCUGACCUGCAACCCCAACGAGUUCCAGUGCAACAACAGCGUGUGCAUCCCGGAGCUGUGGGUGUGCGACAACCAGCCCGACUGCGAGGACCAGUCGGACGAGUCCAUGGAGAAGUGCGGCUACGACGCCAAGGCCCUCAACACGUGCGCGGCCCACGAGUUCCAGUGCGGGAACGGCGAAUGCAUCCACCUCAACUGGAAGUGUGACGGGGACGAGGACUGCAAGGACAAGUCUGAUGAGCAGGACUGCCCUCUGGUGACCUGCCAGCCAGAUGAAUUCCAGUGUGGCGAUGGGACCUGUAUCCAUGGAGCAAAGCAGUGUGACAAGGUGCACGACUGUCCUGACAACAGUGACGAGGCCGGCUGUGUCCAAGAGUCAGCAUGUGAAAGUCCCAGCAAGUUUCAGUGUAAGAGUGGAGAGUGCAUUGACGGAGGCAAAGUGUGCGAUUCACAUAGAGACUGCAGGGACUGGUCUGACGAGCCUCUGAAAGAAUGUGGUGUUAAUGAAUGCUCGAUAAACAACGGUGGCUGCUCACACAUAUGCAAAGAUUUGAAGAUUGGUUACGAGUGCGAAUGCCCGCCUGGAUACAAGCUUCUGGAUAAAAAAACGUGUGGAGACAUAGAUGAAUGUGAGAAUCCAGACGCUUGUAGCCAGAUCUGCAUUAAUUACAAGGGAGACUACAAAUGUGAGUGCUACGAAGGAUACGAGAUGGACACCCUGUCCAAGAACUGCAAAGCUGUAGGCAAGAGCCCGUACCUGAUCUUCACCAAUCGCCACGAGGUCCGUAAAAUAGACCUGGUGAAAAGGGACUAUUCCCGCAUCAUUCCCAUGCUGAAGAACGUGGUGGCGCUGGAUGUGGAGGUGUCGACCAACAGAAUAUAUUGGUGUGACUUGUUCUACCGAAAAAUCUACAGCGCCUACAUCGACAAAGCGAGUGACACGGCCGAGCAGAUGAUCCUCAUCGACAGCCAGCUCAACUCCCCCGAGGGACUGGCCAUCGACUGGGUCCAUAAGAACAUCUACUGGACAGACUCUGGGAACAAGACCAUCUCAGUAGCCACUGCAGAUGGAAGCAGGAGGAGGACACUUUUCAACAGUGACCUCAGCGAGCCCAGAGCCAUCGCUGUGGAUCCCACACAGAGGUUCAUGUACUGGUCUGACUGGGGAGACAAAGCCAAGAUCGAGAAGGCCGGUCUGAACGGCGUGGGGCGGCAGGUGCUGGUCACCGACAACAUCGAGUGGCCAAACGGCAUCACCCUUGAUUUGCUGAAUCAGCGUCUCUACUGGGUAGAUUCCAAAUUGCAUUCACUGUCCUGCAUUGAUUUCAAUGGCAGCAACAGAAAAGUUCUGAUCUCCUCUGUGGACGAUCUGAGCCAUCCUUUUGGCUUGGCAGUGUUUGAGGACAGAGUGUUCUGGACUGACCUGGAGAACGAGGCGAUCUUCAGCGCAAACAGGCUCAACGGCUUGGACAUCUCCAUUCUGGCAGAGAACCUCAAUAACCCUCAUGACAUCGUGGUGUUCCAUGAAUUAAAGCAGCCCAAAGCUCCAGAUUCCUGUGAGCUCAGCCCCCAGCCAAACGGAGGCUGUGACUACCUGUGUCUCCCUGCACCUCAGAUCUCUCCCCACUCCCCCAAGUACACGUGUGCCUGUCCUGACAAUAUGUGGCUGGGUCCUGACAUGAAAAAAUGCUACAAAGAUCUUCCAACCACUGCAACUCCUGUGGUGGUUUCCACAACCACAGCGUCCCGUGCUGACGGCACGACGACCAUGGCCGCUGUACCUGGCAGUGCCAAUGACACCACUCAGGGCGUCCCCAAAGCUGCACCAGAAGCUACAAUCACCACCCCAAGACUUCAUUUACCUUCCACCACAUCCAUCCUGAUAGACUCUGAGAUGACCACUGGAAACAGCAAUUUGUCACAGCACUAUGCAAACGAUGAUGAAGGCUUCGGUUCAACUGUGACAGCAGCUGUGAUUGGAAUUGUCAUUCCUGUGGUGGUCAUUGGCUUGCUGUGCAUGGGGGGAUACCUCAUCUGGAGAAACUGGAAACGGAAGAAUACUAAAAGCAUGAAUUUUGAUAAUCCAGUUUAUAGGAAGACAACAGAAGAGGAAGAUGAAGACGAAAUCCACAUUGGGCGAACUGCCCAAAUUGGACACGUGUACCCAGCACGUGUAGCAUUGAGCUUAGAAGAUGAUGGGUUGCCAUGAGGAUGAAGAUGCUGCUCCAAUCAUCUGAACACUGAACAAAUCUGCUUUGGAUCACAGAACCUGCUUCUUCUUUACGGUCAUUAUUUAUGUUGCAGAAGGGUAACCACAAAGUUAUAAUGAACUGCAAACAUCCAAAGGAUGUGAGAGUUUUGUAUGUAUAAUCUUUUAUACACAUUUUAACUUGUUGCACUACCCAUUUGUGAUAGUGAAUAAGCAACAGCUGAGCUACUAACUCAAUGUACAUAACCAGCCAGGCUGAAGGUUCAGUAGCUAUUGCUUUAUUUUAAGACUAUAUUUAUAGAUAUUUUGUAAAUAUGUUGAAUAUGCUUUGUGGCUAUCCAUCAACAUAAGUAAAAUAAAUUCUGUACAGGCAGUUUAGAAAUAUUUAUUAACAAAAUCUGGAUUAUAAGAUCUGUUCUGUAAAUAUAGUAGAGGGGUGAGAGUAUUUAUUUUUUGUAUGUUUGGCUUGCUGUGCAUAGAUUAUCUGUGUAUAUAUCUAUCUGGAUGAGAUAGAUAUAUAGGCAUAUAAAUAUAUACAUAUAUAUAAAUAUAUAUACAUAUAUUUUAAAACUACUAGCCUACAUUUAUGAAAAUUAGGAAUAAUUGAAUUUUUACAGGAUGUUUGAGAAGUUUGCUUUGAAAUCUAAAGACAAUAUGUAAGAAGGAGCUGUAGUGUAAGAUAGCUGACCAGUGGAACACUCCAUAACAAACAGCUCCUGAUUUCCAACCUGGCUCUUAAGGGCUGCUUUUACAUUUUCCAGUUUAUCCAUGAAGAAUCCAUGCAGUGCAUUUAACUGGAGAGCUACUGCCUACAGCACUUCAGUCAGGAGAAACUCCUACAGCACCCAGGGGUUUUGUGCUGUAUUGUUGCUUUUUUACAGCUUGGUACAAAUCUGAUUUGGUUUUUGUUUGUUUCUAAAUGUAAAUUUAAAUACUUUUCCACACUGGGGAUCUUGCAUCUCUUAAAUCAGCUCAGAAUUAAACAAAGAUUUAGCCAUAUAUUUCCACACUCCCAAGUGAGCACGCUCCCUGGUUCAUCAGGAAAAUAGCACAACAACAGAAGUCACUUCCUUCCCUCCUUGCCCUUGUCCUCUGCUCCUACUGAUAAAAACCCCAGUUUCAGGAGCUGCUGUGGCACACACAGAACUCUUCCCAAGUCCUGCCCAUGGAACGAGCUGCCCCAUGGCAGGUCUCCAGAGCACUGGGCAAGGAGGCCAGAGCAGGUUAAAAACUCCCAGCCUUUCCAGUGUCUUUGGCUGGGUCAUCCUGCACCUGGCAGCAAAAACACUUGGUUUUUCUCAUCUCAUUCUAUAGGAUUUCCUGGGAAUUCUGUGGGAAGUGAAUACACUUACCUCCCACUGCAUAAUGGACUAGUACCUCCCUGAACUGUACCAAAUCCUAGAGAAAUCUUCCUCAUGUUUUUAUGUCAGUCCAACCUUUUGUCUUUGAAUGAGUAGAAGAAACUCAGGCUGUGUAGGUUUGGAGUUUUUUUCCUUUUUUUUUUCCUUUCUUUUAGAAUAAAUUUACAGAGUAAUGUGAGCUGGAAGCUGAUUCUUGUCUAAGAGCAGAAAGGAAGUGUUUAAAGCCCUGGUAUGCAUUACAGACAUAAUACAUACUCUCAAAUGCCUCAUGGCCUGCAUAGACUAGACAGAAGUAAUCAAGCAUCCUUCUAUUCCAAAUUUUAGAUUUUAAGGCAGUGACAACAUGAGUGAGAUAUCCCAUUAUUAAGGUAUGAAGCUCUCUUUCUAUAAAUCCAUGCACUGUGUGCAUGAAAAAAAAAGCUGAGAAAGGCUGUAUGUGAUAACACUGUAACUAACAGACGAAUGUAAAUAUAUAUGAAAGUUCUACAGUUUUGAUACUUUUUUAAGAACACACAAACAAACCUGUACAAACCACAUGUAAAAGGCUGCAGGUUUUUUCAAACCAUUGUAAAUGAACUCAAUUUGCAGUGCUGAUUUCAACCUUUACAGAUUUAUAACUACUGAGAAGUCAAACACCAAAUUUGUUUUUUAAGAAGUUAAUUAUUUUAAAUAAUGGUUCAGAUCGGUAGGGUGAUAUUUAACAUUGUAAUCAUUUCUGCUCUGUCUUGUCAUACUGAAGUUCUGUUAGAGUAAGUUCUUGCUUGGUGCCUUUUGUGUUUCAGUUCUUACCUUCCAGACAAAAGGCCCAGGGAGGGGCGGGGGGGCUCUGUGUAACACUUGCUGUACUGGAAACCAAAUGAACACGUUUGUAAAACAGUGCACUGUUUCUAUAGAAAGAUUAAAUUUUUUUAUCUGGGAUUAGUGAA